CUAGAACCACGCGCGGAAUUGUUCGCAAAACAGCCGAAAUGAAGAAAAUUCAGCCGAUUUCCAAAGAGGAGGCGACUACGAGCAACGGCGGCCAACAGAACGGGCAGGGCGAGCCACCAAAAAAAGCCAGGGCAGGAGGAAAAGUUUUUAAUUUCCUCAACCCGGCCACGUAAACAUAUCGAAGCGUAAACGUUUUGGCAUUAAUGUGUAAAUUUACGCGUAAAUUUACGCUCCGUCUGGCACCACCUAAAAAGAGAAGAGAGAAAAUAACUGAAAAACUAAAGUAUUAAUAUAAGAAAAACUUGUGGACUGAAAAACCUGUGGCAAUUAUGGGCGCGUGGAGUAGAUUUAUGAGUAAAAAGUUUGUUACCGCCACGGCUAUCGGCAUCGGUGGAGUCGCCGGCUAUUGGUUUUCCACGAAUCCUUCGGAACGGCACACCGUUUUCAACUCGUUCACCACCAACUACGAGCCGUCCGCAUGUGCUCGCUGGGACUUCAACUGGGAUCACCGGGAACCGUCGAGCCUCGUGAAGCCGCUGAAGGAGAGUAACAAUCCGGAUGCUGACAAAGACUACAAAAACGCGAUGGAAAAGAAGAAAGGACGUGCGACCCGGCAUUUGAUUUUGGUGCGGCAUGGCCAGUACAAUCUGGAGGGCGAAACCGAUGCGGAAUGCAUACUGACCGAGCUCGGUCGCAAGCAGGCAUCCGCGACCGGAGAGAGGUUGAAGAGCCUCGCGUUGCCCUACGACGUCAUCGUACGCUCGACGAUGGCUCGUGCGCAAGAGACGGGCAAAAUUGUUGGACGUUCGUUGCCGGAUCUUCAGCUAAAAGACUGCUGUCUGCUCGAAGAAGGUGCACCGAUACCACCCGAACCGCCAGUUGGUCACUGGCGUCCUGAAGCAUCGCAGUUCUUCCAAGACGGUGCCCGUAUUGAGAGUGCAUUCCGGAAGUACUUUUACCGGGCCGAUGCUACACAGAAAGAAGACUCGUACACGAUAAUCGUGUGUCAUGCAAAUGUGAUACGAUAUUUCGUGUGCCGCGCGUUACAGGUGCCCGCCGAGGCAUGGCUCCGUAUUUCGCUCGGACACGCUUCCAUUUCAUGGGUCUCUAUAUACCCUAACGGUCGCGUGUCGCUCCGUACCCUCGGUGACUGUGGGCAUAUGCCGAAAGAACUGCUCACGCGCUAAGAAGCUGAACUACCUCAAAAAGUGAUUUAAUUAAAUCUCAUAUAGGUUUCACUCGGAACGUGCGGAACUCUUAUGUAUCAGAUGCCACCUAACAGCUGCAUAUGGGAGAUAUGUAUUACUCUUCUUUUGUACUUAUUAACUAAUUAGUUCGGAUGAAAGUUACGAUAAAAUUGUUUGAUGGAACCGUAAGUAACGGUAAACGGAAGUGCGCGUGUUGAAAAUUGCAUCAGUUGAAUCAG